CCGAUUUGAAGUAAGAAUGAGCAUAAAAAAAUUUCCCAUAUGGUGCAGACUUUUCCGCGGGCACUGUACAUAGAUUUCAAAAACUAAAUACAAUAUAUAGGUUCCACACUGAAGACUACCUAUUAUUAAAUUUUUUAAUUUUCGAACAAUUCUGUAGCUAGGGGCUAGCAAUUACCGAGAUUCACUUAAUAUAAAGAUCGGUAAUUACAGUUAUCGAACACUGGAUAUACGUUCACAGAUAUGAUUACCUGUGGUUAGGGCGUAAUUUGUUUUGAAUAAAUAAUAAGGCAAUGGAUAUAUUUUAAUAGAACGUUGAUCGCACUCUUGAUUUGGUCUUCUGUGAGACAUGCUCAAAUCAAAGAAAACUGUGAAGUUCCACAAAAGUUGGCGCAAGUCCAUCUCAGCAACAGAGGCAAUACUCAAACUAACAGGAGUAUGGCCUGACAAAAACAGCAUUUCACGCUGGAUAAAAAUUGUAACUUUUACCCUCAUAGCGGGUAUAUUUGACAUUUCCAUUAUAAUGGAACUGCGAAAUUUACUAAAAACCCAGGAUUAUGAAGCGUUAUCAACUCACUUGUCUACUUUUGGACUUUAUAUUGGAUAUACCGUCAAAACCAUUAUUUUUCAAUUCAAAAAGAAGGCAUUUAAAGAAAUGAUUGAAAGCAUUGAUCAACCGCUAUUUGAAGACUACCAACCGGAAAUGGAACCAAACAAAGAUGAAUGUAUCCGUGUCUCUAAUGGAAUAUCCAAGUUUUACAUUUCAUGCGUCGCAGCAAGUAUAUUUUUAUACUUGAAUAAACCUCUUUACACAGAUCUACCCUUACCCAUAAGUUUCUCGUACGAACUCAAUACGGUAACAUUUAUUCUAGUAUUGAUCAUGCAAUGCUUUUCUUGCUACUAUUUAGUAAUGAUCGGCAUCAGUUUUGAUAUGAUCAUUGUGGGUCUGAUUAACAUAGCAACUGCUCAGCUGGAUAUUUUAGGGGAGGCUAUUAUGUCCUUUCAACCAAAGAAUCCAAAUCCACUUGAGGAAGAAGAACAGGCAUUUCUAAUUAAGUGUGCUAGAAAACAUCAAGCUGUGAUAAGAUUCGUUGGCCAAAUAGAAAAUGUUUUUACAUUUAUAUUUUUGGUACAAUGCUUGGCUAGUGUUACUUCGAUUUGUAAUGGAGCUUUUCAGUUAACUCAUGCAAAAGAACUACUGAGCAUCCAAGCGUUAUUUAAUUUCGCCUUCAUGUUUGAUGUUCUUUUUGAAAUCGGGACUAUUUGUUGGUUUGCAGGCCUUCUAACUUUAAAGAGUGUAGAAAUAUCAGAUGCUUGCUACAAUUACAAUUGGCUAAACUCUUCGACCAGAACUAAGAGAAUGUUGUUAAUUAUUUUGUUGCGUAGCCAAAGGCCCAUGUACGUUACUGCGGGGACCUUUAUACGCCUAUCAAUGUCGUCGUUUUUGACAGUCAUAAAAACGGCUUAUUCGUAUUUUGCUUUAAUGCAAAGUUUAUAUGACAAGAAAAAUGACGCAUAAAACCAUAGUCUGAAGAAUAAAACCAAUUGUUUUUUCAAUGAUAAAUUCUUGAGAUCUUCUAGCACCUAUUUAGAAAUUUAGGAGUAGAUUGAACGGCUUUUCUUCUGAUAUUUGUUAUUGAAAUAAAACGGAGUAGAUAACCUAAGCGUAGAUGUAUUUCAAUGAGAAGCACUGAAGUGAUGCACCAGCACUAUUAUAGCUGGAAGAGCACAGGUCAGCAGAGCACAAAUGCAAUUGAAUAUACUAUAAAUAAAUGAAUGAAAAUAAAUGACUAAUUG